AUGCAUUUCCAGGCGACGACACAAAGAAGCGCGGCGCAAUACGAGCUCAAAGGUAUCAUAUACUUUGGAUUAUCCCACUUUACAAUGCGUCUCAUCGAACAAGGUGUACGUGUCUAUAAGUACGACGGUAUGGUGCAAACGGGCAAGAUCAAGUACGAGAGUUAUGUCAGCGACGUAAAGGACUGGAUGCACAUGGACGGCAGGGACGCUGCUGUGGCAAUAUAUACCUCGAGUGCCUAG